AUGGAAGCAGAAUCAUCCUACCUGAGCCCCAGUGAGAUAGCGCAAUCUAUCAAAACCACCCAGCUUGAACUAGCCUACGAGCGUGUUUUGCGGGAAGCCGACCGCAUCUACGAAGAGGAACGAGCGCGAGCACUCCGCGUCCAGUUGCUUCUACUUCAACAUGAGAAUGACGAUCUUCAGCUACACGUUGAGGAGGAGGAAGACGAGCAUCAGCACAUGGAAGAUAUCAAUGAGGAGUUGCGGGCGCAGCUUGCCGAAGCCGAGGCAGGCCUGCAACAGACGCAAAUGGACCUCAAAGCCCGCACCCGAGAUCUGGAACAUCUGAGAACAGAAGUGGUUGCUCUGAAUGCCGCAAGUACCGACGCAACAAGGUUGCUGACCGAAAAACUGGCACUGGCAAGAGAGCUGAACACCAUCAAACCAGAACUGGAGCACCUGAAAUCGCAAUCGUUUAUCAACCAGAAACUACUAUCGGAGAAACUGGCAUUACAGCGCGAAGUCAGUUCUCUCCAGGUUGAGCUCGAGACCGAAAAGCGUGCUGUGCAGAGAAUCAAGGCGAGAGAGGAAUCAAGCUCUCGUGAAGAUUCGGCAUUAAUAGCGGAGGUCGAAGGCUUGAGGAAGGAACUUGCGAAGGCACAGCGUGAGGUAUCGAAGUACUCGGCUGCUCAAGAAGGGACCAUAGCGGAGAUGGAAAGCUUGAGGAAGGAAUUGGCGGAGGCCCAGCGUGAUGCAGUGAAGCAUGCUGUUCGCGACGACUCAGCGUCCACAGCAACCGAGAGCCUUAGAAAAGACCUUGUCAAGGCACAGCGUGAUGCGCAGAAGACAGAACGCGAGAGCAGGAAGAAGAUAGCCGAAUGGGAAAGCGAGAAGGAGGUGCUGGAAGCAAAACUGGAUGCAUUCCGCAACAAGCUACGAACGACGAAGGAACAACUCCACGAGGCACAGGAGGAGAUCGAAAAGUUACAAGCAGCCAAGAUGGCUCAGUCGGCGGAACUGACGAAAGCCCGCAUGACUGGUCAAGCUGCAGCAUCAAAUGCUAGAAAGAGAAACGUGGCGAGGUUCGAUCCCGACAUGACCAUCGGCACGCCGGGAAACGGUGGGCCCGCUGCGAAGAAGCCUCGGAUAUCAGUCAAUGUGGGUGACAAGUCAAACUUCUCGAUUACACCCUUCCUAAACCGGACCCUGAGCAUCCUACCUGAGUCUCCAGACGAUGAAGAUGAGCCGCAGGAGAUGGCCCACAAGCUGAGUAGCCAGCAAGUUGACGGAGCUGGUGGAGAAAAGAAUCAGGCCUCCAAGAGCAAGGGCACAAAAGAAAAGCUGGACAGGGCAGCCACCGCACGGAAACCAACUGUGCCUUCCAGCAAAACCCGACCUCCCAAGGCACUCAACGAGACGAAGAAUGCCAAAGCCAACGAUACAACGCAGAAACCCCGGCUCGCAAGAUUGGUAGAAGAGGACCCUGGCAUGGAAAGCGAUGAAGGCGGCGUGGAGCCUGAGGAGAAUACCGACAAGGAGAAUAAUGGGGACAGCCGCGCUACAACCAGGGAUUCAACCGAGCUCUCGAAGAAGCCGAGACCUUUGACCCAAAGAACGAAUAUUUUUGAUGAACCUGACUUUGCACCCGCACCAAAGAUUAGGAGCCUGGGCGGAGGUGCUGGGCUAGGUCGCAUCAACCUCAAAGCAAAGCCAGUGGGGAAAGGGAAGACAUUGGCUGAGUUCUCACCCCUUAAGAGGGAUCGCCGUGCUACGAGCAUUCUUGAGUAA